GCCGCCUUACGGUAGCUUAGCAUCACCGCAACCGUCUUCUCCGCAUCUCGUCGCCGCCAUCGCUGUUCCCCUCUGCCUCGUCGUGUGCCUGCUGUCUCCACCACCGUCCGCAACAUUGGGCACUGUUCUCCUAGUGUUGGGAAUAUGCUGCAAAUUAAGAGGGGUACCGAUGAUGGUCUCAUAGAAAAUCUCAGAGAAAGCUCAAAAAAGAAUAGAACUUGCAUUGGUAGAGAAGAGAUUCUUGAUUUGUCGAUUUCAGGUGACUUACAUCGGGAUAGCACUUUGGAAGAACAAAUUGAAAGCGAUUCUGGUCAAAGCAUCUGGAGUGAGCUCAGUGAACAAGUUACUUCAGAAUUUUCUACAAAUGUUGUCUGCCUUGCUUUGUGUGCUGGACAUGAUGUGUUAUUUGCGUGCUCAGGCAUAGCCGUGCACUGCCAGGUUCAUUUUGCAAGGUUUCUGACUUCAGCAAGUUUGGUCAGAGCUUUCAAUGAUCUUAAAAGAGAAGGCCAUGAUGGCUUGAAGAUCCAAGUGCAGCGCAAAGGCUAUGUUGCCAGAGGGUCAUUGGGGGACUAUAAUUUCGAUCAGGGAAUUGCUCUUGUCAGCAUAAAGCUUUUCACCCUUGGUGUUAAUCCAGUGAAACUCUAUCAUCAGCUGGGAUUUCUUCCUUGUAGUAAGGUAGUAUCUGUAGCAUGUGCAACCACUGGCAAAUUAAUGGUCACAAGUGGAAUACUGACCGAUGAUACAAGUGGAUCUGAAAAUGGCAAAGAGCUUAUGUUCUCAACUUGUAAAAUCUCCAAGGAUUGGGAAGGCGGAGCACUUUUUGAUUAUGAUGGAAACUUUGUUGGCAUGAACCUUUCUUCGGUUGAGGAAAGAACAUCUUUUUUGCCAACUAGUAUAAUUAUCAAACAUUUGGAACAAUUUGUGCCAAACAUGGAAGUUAAGGUAGUCAGGCCUGUAACACUACGGAGAUAUGAGGAAAUACAACCCAGGCCCUAUAUGCACUAUCCAAGAGACAUAUAUGGGGAUCUAGACUCCUUGGGCUAUCCAAAGCAAUCAACAACUACUAUCAGUGAGGGCUUGAUUUUGGUUAAUACUUUCGAAGAGACUUUUGGUGAAGUAUAUGAUUCUGGUAAAGGUGUCUGGAGCCGACUCAGGAAAACAAUUUCUAAUCAUUUCCAUCAAGUUGUUGUCUCACUUGCUUCAUUCAUCGGAGAAACAAGGAUUUUUGCAUGCACAGGCUUAUUUAUUGAUUGGAAUGGAUGCACCACCAUUUUGACUUCAGCAAGUUUGAUUCGGGAUCCUAACGAUGGAAACAAGAUUGCUGAAAACUUGAAGAUUGAAGUCAAUAUUCCAAACGAAGGAUGCAAAAAAGGGAUAUUACAACAUUGUAAUUUACAUUACAAUGUUGCUCUUGUUGAUGUCGAGAAGUUCCGUCCUCUUUGUUCAUCUAAGAUUCUUGAAGAAAAGUGGGACCCUAGAAUUCUUGAAGAUCCGAAUGUAGUAGCUGUUGGGCGCUGCUUCAAAUCAGGCAUGUUAAUGGCUACACAUGGAAAACGGACUGACUGGUCAGGCAUGCUUGAUUGCAGAGAUCUUCGGUACUCCAGUUGUACAAUCACUAAGGCCGGGAUUGGAGGGCCCCUGUUUGACUUUAGGGGGAGAUUUGUUGGCAUGAACUUCUAUGAUAAGAAAAUAGGGACCCCCUUCGUGUUUAAGGAUCAUAUUUGUCGACUGCUGGCACAGUUUGAGGGAAAAAGCACCGUUGAUGAAGUUGGCAGUGUUGAUAAACCAAUUAGGUGGCCUGUGCCCAAGCCGUGUUGGCGCCACCCGGAUGAUGAGCUCGAUGAUUUGCGCCCACCUGGGCAUGGGGAAAAAUCUGAUAGAUUCGGAUUUACAUAUGUGCGUGGAGUCAGAGUUGACUACCAUUAGAUGACUCUUUCUAUGCUCCGUUGGAUUACCUUUAGACGACUUUUUCUCUGCUCCGUUGGAUUAUCGUUCUCCAUAUUGUCGAUCUGGUGAACCUGUUGGCUGUCUUGUAUUCUAAUGUUUGAACCAACAUUUUGGUGUUCAUCUGCUGUCAUAGUUGAAAUUGUACUACUUGUGCACUGAUUCCAUAUGAUGGUACUUUAUCGUGUUACUUAAACUGUAAUGUGUAA